AUGGCAGUAGGUAAAAAUAAGAGACUUUCUAAAGGAAAGAAGGGAUUGAAAAAGAAGGUCGUAGACCCAUUCACCAGAAAAGAUUGGUUUGACAUCAAAGCUCCAACCACUUUUGAAAACAGAAAUGUUGGUAAGACUUUAAUCAACAGAUCCACUGGUUUGAAAAAUGCUGCCGAUGGAUUGAAAGGAAGGGUUUUCGAAGUCUGUUUAGCCGAUUUACAAGGUUCUGAAGACCACUCUUACAGAAAGAUCAAAUUGAGAGUUGAUGAAGUUCAAGGUAAAAAUUUGUUGACCAACUUCCAUGGUUUGGACUUUACUUCAGACAAAAUAAGAUCAUUGGUUAGAAAAUGGCAAUCAUUGGUUGAAGCCAACGUCACUGUCAAGACUGCUGAUGACUACGUUUUGAGAGUAUUUGCCAUUGCCUUCACCAAGAGACAACCAAACCAAAUCAAAAAGACCACUUACGCUCAAUCAUCUAAAUUAAGAGAAAUCAGAAAAAAGAUGAUUGAAAUCAUGCAAAGAGAAGUUUCCAACUGUACUUUGGCUCAAUUGACCUCCAAAUUGAUUCCAGAAGUUAUUGGUCGUGAAAUUGAAAAAUCAACCCAAACCAUCUUCCCAUUGCAAAAUGUUCACAUCAGAAAAGUCAAAUUAUUGAAACAACCAAAAUUCGAUUUGGGUUCAUUGUUGGCUUUACACGGUGAAGGUUCAACUGAAGAGAAAGGUAAGAAGGUUUCAGGUGGUUUCAAGGAUGUUGUUUUGGAAUCAGUUUAA